AUGAUCGUACCGUCGUUGGUUACAUUCUUGAAACUACUGAAACACGUCUACAAACCCCUCGUGGAGGAUGUGGAAGCUGAAUCGGGAAAAACUAGGUUCAUCGCCACAAAGAAGGCUGUAAACAAGUAUCUGUAUACAGAAGUGCUAAAUUGGGUGCAACGAAUUGAAAUGCAAAUGACGGGGUUCCGAAGCCAGGUUUGUGCUGAGCGCCGCCUCAUGAUUCCACAGAUGUUGUUGUCAAUGGAUAACUCUGAUGCAGGCAUCAGUUCUGUUCUUGCAAACGAAGAUAUCAUUCGACAGGUGGAUAUUACGGUCGGGCAGUGGCAAGCAGAAAUCAGCUUGGCUAUGUCCCUUGAUCCACAGAAGGAGGGGCCAUUGGGAGAGAUUGAAUAUUGGCGUGAGAAGUACAGCACUAUCAGUGCUCUUUAUGAGCAGAUCAACUCCCCAGAAGCGAAAUUAAUUAUGAAAGUAGCCAAGGAGGCUGAGUGUAACUCUUACCACCUUAUAUCUUCGACGAUUCAACAGUUUUUCCGCUACUACGCGGAGGCUAAAGAUAACGUGAAGUUCCUUGGUACCCUAGAUCGCCACUUUCGAACGCUACACGGUGUGACGCCUGUGACUGGCUCGUUACAACCCAUUAUUGACACGCUUUCAUCUAUGAUGACUGGCGUGCGGAUGGUGUGGAUUAUUUCUCGUUACUACUGCACGGAGGAGCGCAUGGUUGGACUUCUAGAGAAGGUUGCGAAAUUAAUAUCCCAGAAGGUCUCGCAGCACAUUGACUUUCACAGAAUACUGAGUCUACCAUUCGCAGAGGCCAAGGCCGUAGUUACCGAGGGACAGCAAUGCCUUCUGAAGUGGAAGGCGGCAUACCUUGGCACCCAGGAGGAAAUUAACUCCAGUGAGCGCGAGCAGCCGUGGAACUUCAACCAAAAACGUUUGUUUGAAACCACAGAUUACAUGUCCGAUCGGUGCACAGACUUACUAGAGGUAAUAGAGACUGUGGAAUACUACACAAUGGUUCUUGGCGCCCAGUUAAAAACAGUACUGACGGACACGAGUGGAAUCGAGCGUAUCCUGAAGGAUGUGGAAAGAGUCAAGCGACCUUUCGAGUCUCUUACUUUUGACCCCUUCGAAAGGAAGGCAACACAUAACUGGCAACUAGUGUUCUCUAACUUCGUCAAUAUGGUGGCCAAUCUUGAUCGUGAGGUAUCUGACUUUAUAAACAAGAUAUUCGACGACGAUUUGCGCAGCGCCGAGUCCGCCUUUGAGCUGCUGCUCUCGUUUAAAUGCAUUGGUUCGCGGCCGCAGCGCGUGGGGGAGGCAUUUGACACUGCUUCGCUCCUUCUGGAGAAGGCUGACCGUAUUCUCGCCCAGUUUUUCAACGAAGUAAAUCGUGUUCGGAAUAUAUUUGUGCAACUGAAAGAUAAUCCACCGCUGACGAAGAAUCAACCUCCCGUUGCAGGUGCCAUUCACUGGAGUACUUCACUGUUCCAACGCCUCAAGAAACCUAUUAUCCGCUUCCAACAGGAGGGGAUGCUUAACACCCACAUGGGGAAGCAGGUGAGAGCAAAGUACGCUGAAGUGGCUCAGCAGAUGAAAGAUUAUGCCACCUCUCGUUUCAUGCAGUGGGGUGAGCGUGUACGACAGGGCACAACGGCUUCUCUCAAGAUGAAUAUCAUCGUGAAGGAGAGUGAUAACACGUAUGUGACAAAUUUUGAUAUUGAGUUGUUCAACCUGAUAAGGGAGGCGAAGUAUUUGGAUCGACUGGGUUUUGAGGUACCACAAGAGGCGCUCAAUGUGACUCUGCAGGAUGAAUCGUACCAUGCAAAUGUGGAUGCCUUGAAGGCAAUGCUACUGAACUUCAACUAUGAGUUGCAGAAUGCACUUGAGGGCCCAGAGCGUGUUAUUUUGGCGAGGAACAUCCGUGAGCUUCGACAGGCGCUGGAGCCCGGGCUACACGACAUCAACUGGACCAGUUUGGGUAUUCCUGACUUCGUGUUGAAUUGUGAACGUGCAAUCACCAAAUUUCGGAACCUAAGUCGCGAGGUGCGCAAGCGAGCCGAUCAUAUCCAGACACAGGUUGUAAAUAAAAUCGGCUCAACAAGACUCAUGCCCGAGUACGAACGGUUGCUGCAGGCAGGGGGCGAAUUGCCGGAACUGCAGGUCCUUGUUGAGACAAUAGAGCGGCGCCGUGCAGACCUAGUUGAUGGAUGUCUCCGUGCGUAUAGCACAGCGAAGCCACUGUUGACAAAGGUGGAGAGUCAACUCGUCGGCACCCACACGGGGAAAUGCCUCCUACUGGAGAGUUACUACCAUCACUGGGAACACCGCAUAUGGAAGGCCGUGACGAAGAUGGUGCUUAGUUCGCUUGUGGCCUUUGCCAAGAUGCUCGGUUACCGUGUGAGUUCUUCAUCAGCAAAGCGACCACCAUUGUUUAAGGUAAUGAUAUUCUUGACGACAGAACCGACCUACUCUCCACCCCAGCAGGAAAUCACGAGUGCAUUUCACAAGGUGCAGGCGGGAAUAAUUGCAUCCACUCAACGGUUCCGGCGAUGGAUGCGGGGUACAUGUAUUGAGUUUACACAGGGAGAGCUGGUACCGCGGCCCCCUGAGGGAGAGCACGAAACACUCUUCACAUACUACCAGGACAUUAACAACUUGUCUCAGGUGUACCGGCUGCAGGCCAUCAUCAACCGAACAAUUCAAACCCAUCUCUCCGCACUCGCAACAAACAUCAAACUGUUGCAAAGGUAUCGAUUUGUUUAUCUUUCCGACAAGAAACUUUCUGUGGAACAGCAGGCAAAGAACCAGUUCCACUGGAUUGACUACGAUGCGAAGUUCCAGCUGUACUUCAACAUGAUUGCUGAUUUCGAUGCUGAGAAGCACAUUCACGACUUUGGUUUUAUGCGCUGCGACGAAAGUACCUUCUAUUCCGAUUUGGUAGAGCAUGUGCAUCAGUGGAUUGCUAUGGAAGGUGCGCAGUUGAAUGAAACUGUUCGUGCUCGCAUGCAAAAGCGGUACUCCAGCAUUAUCCGCGUCAACCAGGAUUUGGAAAGGCAGUGCGAGAAGAUUGAGGAUUUGAAAUUUGUUUUGGAGGUCAUGCACGAUGCGCGCGCCUUCUCUUUGGAUGUAGAACAGGACAUUAUUGACAUCAAGUACAUAUACGAGUCCAUCAUGCACUUCGGUGUUUCUGUGGAUCCCCGUGAGUUAAAGCAAGCAAUGGACCUUCACGACUUGUGGGAGUGUACGUUGGCGAGAGUGCACGAAACAGAGAAGGCGUUAGAGCCAAAGAAAAUGCAGUUUAGAGAGCACACGCGCAACGAGGUGGAGAAUUUUCUUGUAAAAGGUAAGGCUGUGCUUAAGGAGUUCCGUAAGAAGGGUCCAGGUCGUGCUGGUAUCGACCUGCAAGAGGGUAACCGCCUCAGGAAGGAGUGGCGUGAGCAUCUUGUGCAGCUCCAAGCUAGGAGAGAACAGCUGACGAAGGCAGAAAAGUUAUUUGAUUUACCUCUCACAGGUCAUACUCAUUUGCAACAGCUCAAUGAAGAGUUGACUAAGGUUGAAACUGUGUAUGACUUGUACGUUCAAUGGGUUGCGGUUCUGAAGCGUUGGAAUCGAAGCAGUUGGAAGGAUCUUCUUCUAGAAGACUUGCAGAGCACGACGGAAGAAAAGGUGAAGCAAGCUCGUGUUUUGGGAAGAACGCAUGGUGAUGUGGAGCCGUUUGCGGAUGUACAGCAGGUUAUUGCAAAUUUUUACUCUUCGCUACCCCUCUUGGCAAAGCUUAAAAGCCCCGCACUGAAGCAGCGACACUGGGUUGAGUUAAUGCGCGUUACAUCGAAGCAGUUUGCUGUCGAGCAGAUUACUCUGGAUGAUUUCAUUGCAAUGGAGUUGUACCGAUUUUCUGAUGAAAUUGAUGGUAUUGUGUUAUCUGCCGCGAGAGAGCAAGCUGUUGAAAAGGAUAUUACAUCUGUGAAGGAGUUUUGGUUCAAAGCGGAGUUCGUAUCUGUUCCCUACGAGCCGCGCAAAGGGGAAGUGCGGUGCCAUGUCCUCAGCGACACGAGCGAGAUACAAGAGGCAGUUGAUGAUAACAUUCUCAAGAUGCAGUCCAUCGCCAACGUGAAGUGGGCGCAACCGUUCAUGGAUGAGGUGAAGUUAUGGGAAAAGAAACUGGCCACGAUUAACGAUGUGAUGGCCGUCUGGAUUGUAGUGCAAAUGAAGUGGCAGUAUUUGGAGUCUAUCUUUAGGGGUAGUGACGACAUAGCCCAACAACUACCGAAGGAGUCAGCGAAGUUCAAUGAACUAGAUAAGAGGUUUGUUCGCAUUAUGAAUGAAACGGCAGCAGCCCCUAACGUGGACGUGUGCUGCAACGUCGGUGGGCGCUUGGAUGAGUUCCGUUACCUUGAGGAGAAACUUGAAGAGUGCCAGAAGGAUCUGUCAAACUUCCUCGAGACGAAGCGACGCAUGUUUCCAAGGUUUUACUUCAUUUCGGAUGACGAAUUGUUAUCCAUUCUGGCUGCCAAUAGGGCGAGAGCGGUGCAGGACCAUAUGCUGAAGAUGUUUGACAACUCUGCGCGGAUUAUAUUCAAGAAUGAGGAUGAUGAUACGGUGUGUGGCGUGGAGUCACAGGAGGGUGAACGACUAAACUUCGAUAGACAGGUGCGAACCGAAGAUACACCUGUGGAAGAGUGGCUGCAGGCUGUACUGGACGAGACACACGCCUCACUGCAUGAUCUUCUUAAAGGAGGUGUUUACUAUUACCCACGGAUGCCCCGUUUGGACUGGGUGAAGAAGAAUCAUGGCAUGGUGACCCUCACGGGUGCGAAGAUCUGGUGGACGUUUGAGGUUGAGGAUUCCUUCAACGCAGUGAAGAAGGGGAAGAAAAAUGCAGUCAAGGAUCUCUCGGGUAAGCUAACACGUCAACUGAUUGAUUUGGUGGGGGAGAUGGAUAAAGACAUAGAUAAGCAGUACGCCAAGAAGAUAAACACACUGAUUAUUGUGGAUGUCCACGGUCGCGACAUUGUGGAUCGGUUUGUAAGGGAUUCCAUAACGGAUGUGCGUGAAUUCGACUGGGAGUCGCAGCUACGAUUCUACUGGGAGCGGGAUGGCGACACAUGUGCUAUUCGGCAGUGCACAGGUCACUUUAAGUAUGGUUAUGAAUACAUGGGACUCAACGGCCGCCUCGUGAUCACACCGUUAACUGAUCGGUGCUUCAUGACACUUACGCAGGCGUUAUCAUUCUACCUUGGCGGAGCUCCUGGUGGCCCUGCAGGGACGGGAAAGACUGAAUCUGUGAAGGAUCUGGCGAAGGCGAUGUCCAUUCAUUGUGUUGUUUUCAACUGUGGAGAGGGUCUUGACUACAAAGCUAUGGGAACAAUCUUUUCUGGCUUAUCGCAGUCCGGUUCGUGGGGUUGCUUCGACGAGUUCAACCGUAUUGAGUUACCGGUACUUUCCGUGGUGUCCGAGCAGUUGCGUAGUAUCCAGAGUGCACUGAAGACGAGGGAAAAGGAAUUUCUUUUCGGAGAUACAAUGAUACGACUUGUGCCGACCGUUGGUGUUUUCAUCACCAUGAACCCGGGUUACGCUGGUCGCGUGGAGCUUCCAGAUAACCUGAAGGCUCUUUUCCGUCCUGUGGUGAUGGUGGUUCCCGAUAUGGAGCUUAUUGCCGAGAAUAUGCUCUUCUCAGAGGGCUUUGCCACCGCUCGUGAACUUGCAAAGAAGAUGGUGACGCUCUAUCAACUCGCUCGCGGACAACUUUCGAAGCAGCACCACUACGAUUGGGGUCUUAGGGCACUAAAGGCGGUGCUGGCGAUGGCAGGGCAACUGAAACGAGGCGCACCCGAUUUGUCGGAGGAAGCUGUGCUGAUGCGGGCGCUACGUGACAUGAACACUCCCAAGUUCGUUGCGGAAGAUGAGCCCCUCUUCAAGGGUCUUAUCGGCGAUUUAUUCCCCGGUCUUGAUCCUACACGUGCGCCUCAGGAAAAUCUUUCUCGGGCUGCGACAAAGGUAUUCAAGGACAAGGGGUUCUACAUCGAUGCCAAACAGGUUGAUAAGGUUGUCCAGUUAUAUGAAACAAUGCAAACUCGACACACUUCGAUGGUCGUAGGACCCACCGGUGGCGGUAAGUCGACUGUUAUUGACUGUUUGUGUAAGUCUCAGACACAACUCGGUCUCCCGACAAAACUUUUUGUCGUGAAUCCUAAGGCGCAACCUACAACUGUUCUGUACGGUGUAAUGGACCCAAUGACUCGCAGCUGGGCUGAUGGUAUUUUCUCAAACAUUUUCCGUGCCAUCAACCGACCUGUGGAAGGAGGCGAGCGAGAGCGGCGGUAUGUAGUUUUCGACGGUGAUGUGGACGCUAAAUGGGUUGAGGACAUGAAUUCUGUGAUGGACGACAACAAAUUACUUACACUUCCCAACGGUGAACGUAUCCGUCUUUUGCCAACAAGUUCACUUCUCUUUGAAGUCGGUGACCUUCAGUACGCGUCCCCUGCCACCGUGUCACGUGUGGGUAUGGUCUUCCUGGAUCCCAUAAACCUCGGUUGGAAACCGUUCAUGCACUCUUGGAAGUUAAACCGCCCGAGGGAUGAGCUAGAAACCCUCAACGAACUGAUUGACAAAUACAUUGAACCCCUCAUCAACUUUGUGCUUGAAGGCAUUGAUGGAGAGGAGAUUUCGGAUCCUCCGAAGGCAGUUAUACCUACCUCUGACCUAAACAUGGUGCGGCAGUUGACUACCUUAAUUGACACUGUAUCAUCUCAGAAGACGUCGCUCGAACCAAAGGCGCUGCAAUGUGUCUUCAUUUUUUGCUCUGUUUGGAGCUUCGGCGCCCUGAUCACCACUGAGGAAGAUCGACUGCGAUUCGAUAAGUUUUUGAAGAAGAUUACCGGGUGGAACAUGCAAGACGUUGGUGACAAGUUCCUUACUCGGUUUGUUGGAAGCGGCUCUCUUCCAGAGCGUAAAACAAUGUACGACUACUUCUUUGAUCUUGAGGACAACCGUUGGAAGCCGUGGCACGUACUUGUGUGCCCCUUCGAGCGACCACCAGGGGCAAAGUUUGGCUCACUACUCGUCGGUACACCCGAUACGGAGCGUAAUAUGUGGCUGCUGAACAAAAUUGUACUGAACCGCACUCCUGUCAUGCUUGUCGGUAAGAGUGGCACUGCUAAGACGGUAACCAUACAAACAUAUCUUCGUCAGUUGAAGCAGAAGUCCCUGGAGAUGGACACUGAUGGAGAUGUACACCUUGAGGAAAUGAUUCUCGAGAUGAACUUCAGUUCUCGUACUACCAGCCUCGAUGCUCAGAGGGCUAUGGAGGAUAAUAUUGAGAAACGCACCAACACCGUUCUCGGACCUCCAGCGAAGAAGCGGCUUGUUGUUUUUAUCGACGACAUAAAUAUGCCCAAGGUAGACUUAUAUGGUACGCAGCAGCCUAUUGCCUUCCUUAAACUUCUCAUUGAGCACCAGUCGUGGUACGACCGCAAAGAUUUGCUUUUCAAGAAUGUGCGUGACACGCAGUUCGUAUCAGCCAUGGCUCCUCCUGGAGGUGGUCGUAAUGCUCUUGAUCCCCGUUUCGUAUCACUCUUCACGGUGUUUAACGUUUUGUUUCCUUCCGAUGAAUCGAUCAACACUAUAUACGGUCAAAUUCUCACCGACGCUUAUAAGUCGAUGUCAAAGGAGGUGGCAGAUAUGUCCAUACCACUCACCACUAUGACGCUCAACCUCUACCAACGGUUGUUCGUAUCCCUUCCUGCAACCCCAGCGAAGUUCCACUACAUCUUCAAUUUGCGAGAUUUCUCACGAGUAUACGAGGGUCUCUGCCGUGCCACGCCAGAGAAGUUCCCUACCCGACAGAGCGUUGUGCGGUUGUGGCGAAAUGAGAUUUACCGUGUCUUUGUCGAUCGUAUGUCGGAUGAGGACGACAAGGGGUUUGUGUCACGUGCCGUGGAGGAAGAAAUUAGAAGACACUUCCCAGAUGUUGCCGAGUCUGCAAUUGCAGAUCCCUUGAUGUUCGGUGACUUUGGUGACUUUGUUGUGGAUAGUGAAGACCCCCGGAAGCACAUAUAUGAGGAUUUUGGGGCCGAGUACUCGAAGGCGCGUCAGUUAGUGGAGGCGAUGUUGGAUGAGGUUAACACUCCAACAAAGAAAAUGGAUCUAGUGAUGUUUGACAUGGCAUUGGAUCACCUCCUCCGGAUCACACGUGUGAUAUCACUCCCGCGCGGUAACUGCCUACUUGUUGGUGUUGGUGGUAGUGGUAAGCAGUCGCUCACCCGAUUGGCCGCCGCGAUAUGCCAGAUGGAGGUGUUCGAGGUGGUUCUCUCUCGUAACUACAACGAGGACUGUUUUCGCGAGGACCUGAAGCGACUCUACACUCGAGUUGGCGUUCAGCAGAAACAAGUUGUUUUCCUCUUUAUGGAUAGCCACGUCAAGGAGGAAGGGUUUCUCGAGCUUAUCAACAACAUGCUUGCCUCCGGUAUGGUUCCAGCUCUCUUCACAGAGGAAGAAAAGGAGCCUCUGUACAACAGUGUGCUGCGGGAACUUGAGGCGAACAAACUUGCACCGUCGAAGGACAACAAAUGGACGGCCUUUGUCUCGCGUUGCCGUGAUAAUUUGCACGUGGUGCUCUCAAUGAGUCCGUCGGGGGAGGUCCUGCGUACUCGAUGUCGGAGCUUCCCAGCACUUAUCAAUAACACAACAAUCGACUGGUUUCAGAAGUGGCCUCCACAGGCGCUUGAAGCCGUUGGUACGAGGAUUCUUCAGUCUGAGGACCUUCCUGAGGAAGUGAAGGCUUCUAUAGUUAAUCAUGUGGUUUACGUGCAUGUAACGGCUGAUGAUUUGUCCGCACGGUAUCAGAUGGAAUUGAAGCGGUAUAACUACGUGACGCCAAAGAACUUCCUAGGGUUUCUUGCUAAUUACUCAAAACUGUUGACCACACGCCGUGAAGACAUUGACGAUCUCGUGAAGAAGUUCGCUAUUGGUCUUGAGAGACUCGACCACGCACAAGAGGAUGUGAAGGUUCUUCAGGAGGAACUUGCAGAGAAGGAAGUGACGCUGCGCGAGAAGCAAGACAUUAACGAACGCAUGACGAGUGAGAUUAAAGACCAAAAGACACGGAAUGAGAAGCGCAAGGCGGAGGCAUUAGUGAUGGAGGAGGAGCUCAAUGUACAGAACGAAGAAAUCGAGAGAGAGAGUGCGCAGGCCCAAGAGGUGCUUGCCCUUGCGAUGCCGGCUCUUGAGGAGGCGACAGAGGCAGUUAAGCAUAUCAACCCCAAGAGUAUUACAGAGCUCAAAUCCUUUGCCAAGCCACCGGCGAGUGUUGUGGCGGUUGUUCGUAUGGUUUGCGUCGUGAAGGGAGUUCCCGCCACAUGGGAGUCGGGUAGAACAAUGAUGGGGCAGAAUGACUUCAUCCGUUCUUUGGUUGAUAUUGAUUCCCUUGCAGGUACACUGAAUCAGGGGAAAAUCAACGAAAUCAAUAGGAUUCUCAAAGAGUUUCCCGUCAACUCCAAUGACCUUAAAAAAGUAAGUUUGGCCGCUUCAGGGCUGAUGAUUUGGGUUGAGGCAAUGAAAGCGUAUUGGAACACCGCCAAGGAGGUGCUACCCAAGCAGGCUCGUGUGCGUGAGCUUCAGGAUGCCAAGGCCAAGGCGGAGCGGCAGUUAGCUGCGUGCCAAGAUGAAAUUCAGGAUCUAACAGCUGGUUUGCGAAUGCUUGAGGAACGACUUGAGGCCGGUAUGAGCGAAGCCCGGCGACUUCAGCAAGAAAAGGCACUGAUGGAACGACGACUAAAUGCAGCUAGGAAGUUGCUCGAUGGUUUUGGUUCCGAACGUGUGCGGUGGGCGGAACAGAAGGAGACGCUUGGUGACGUAAGGAACAGGUUAGUAGGCGAUUGCUUGGCAGGUGCCGCGUUCCUUUCAUAUCUUGGCGCCUUUACCUUCAGCUAUCGGCAAGAGGCGCUAGAGAGUGUGUGGCUGAAGGAUAUUAGGGAGCGAAACAUUCCACUUUCGGAGGGUUUCACAAUCCAACAUCUCCUUACCGACGAGGUGUCCAUUUCUCAGUGGGCAAGUGACGGUCUCCCGUCUGACGAUCUCUCCGUGCAAAAUGGUAUUCUUACCACGAUGAGCACACAACCCCCUGGACGCGGGAAGAAGGCAGGACGAGUUCGGUUCCCACUCUGCAUUGACCCACAGAUGCAGGCGGUAAAUUGGAUCAAACGGCAGCACAAGUCAAACCCACGUUUCGAGUGUGCUUCGUUUAGUGAUGCUGACUUCUUGAAACGUUUGGAGUUUGCUAUUCAAUACGGCAAUCCGUUCCUCUUUGAAGGUGUGGAUGAGUUUAUUGAUCCAAUUAUUGACUCGGUCUUGGAUCCCCAGUUUAGACACGAUUCAGGUCAGCUUGUCAUUCGCUUGGGUGACAAGGAUGUCGUAUGGGACUCGAACUUCAAGCUGUAUUUAUGCACCAAACUGCCCAAUCCCGAGUACCCGGCAGAGGUGUUCGGUAAAACCAUGGUUAUCAACUACGGUGUUACGGAGGAUGGUCUCGAGAGUCAGUUGUUGAACUUCGUUGUAGCAAGUGAACGUAGCGAUCUACAGAGGCAAAGUGAGGAUCUAGUGCAAACCAUGGCUGAGAGCCGCGCGCAACUGAAGGAAUUAGAGGAUACGCUUAUUCGAGAGCUAACGCUUGCUACUGGAAACAUUCUUGACAACGACGAGCUUAUCGCCACACUUGAGAACACUAAGAGCAGCGCCACGGAAGUGCAGCAGAAACUCGAGCAGGCGAAGGAGACAGCUCGUGUGACAGAACUUUCACGUCAGGAGUAUCGUCCCGCGGCACGCCGAGGAGCUGUUCUCUACUUUGUCAUCUCGGAGCUAUCGGUCAUUAACUCUAUGUACGAGUAUUCACUUUCUGCUUUCCUGCACGAUGUGUUCGGGUAUUCAAUCACAAAGAGUGACGCAUCAUUUGAAAUAAAGGAUCGGUUGAGGAAUAUCAUUCGCGCACUUACUUACAAUCUCUACUGCUACGUUUGCAUGGGUAUUUUCGAGAAGGACAAACUGAUGCUUUCCUUCCAAAUGGCUAUCCGACUUCUCACUCAAGAAAACCAGAUGGUCCACAGUGAGUUGGAGUUCUUCCUCCGCGGAUGUGUGCUCGCGUCGAAGGAUUACCCACCACACACGGUUGAGUGGAUGUCUGAGCGGCAAUGGAACGAUCUUUGCAAGUUGGCCCACACAUGCGAGGUUUUUGAAAACGUAUGCGACGAUGUUGUCAAUAACUCCGAGGAAUGGCGUGUUUGGGCGACGGCGGAUCGGCCCGAGGACCCGAGCAAUCCGCUUCCAUCCGGGUACAGCGAGCGCAUCACCGAGUUCCAGCUUCUCUGUUUGCUCCGUUGCUUCCGCCAUGACCGUAUCUACACUGCUGUUUCCAACUUCGUUAGUAACUGUGAACUACUUGGUGAGGAGUACGUUAUACCCCCGAUUCUGAGCUACAAAGACGUGCUGGACAAGAGCUCUUCCACGUCCCCAAUUGUCUGCAUCGUUUCACCUGGUGCCAACCCCACGGAUGAAAUCAUCAAGUUGGCCACGAAGGAGGUUGGAAUUCAGAAACUGCGACCCAUUUCACUUGGUCAGGGACAAGGAGAAGAGGCUAUGAAGCUCGUAGAGGUUGGUGUGGGACGAGGACAUUGGGUAUUGCUGCAGAACUGUCACUUACUCACUACGUGGAUGAAGGAGCUGGAGAAGGUCAUUGAGAGAAUGAACCAGACACCUCCUCAAGAGGAGUUUCGCCUGUGGCUCACCACUGAGCCGAGUCGUGACUUCCCAAUGGGUAUUUUGCAGCGGUCUCUGAAGGUGGUGAACGAGCCACCCAAUGGCUUGAAGAUGAAUAUGAAGAACACUCUCUCCAAGGUGACGGAGGAUCAACUGGAAGAAUGUCCGCAUAGUGCCUUCCGCCCACUUGUCUUCGCAUUGGCUUUCUUUCACGCUGUUGUGCAGGAGCGACGAAAGUAUGGAAAGAUCGGCUGGAACGUUGUGUACGACUUUAACGAGACGGACUUCUCCGUCUCCAUGCGGUUGCUGGAUACGUACUUGGCUAAGGCCCACCAGAACGACGACCCUAUUCCAUGGGAUACGUUGCGUUACCUAGUUGGUGAAGUCAUGUAUGGUGGGCGUGUGACCGACAGCAUGGACAGACGCAUUGUUAAGACGUACCUUGAGGAGUACUUUGGCGAUUUCCUCUUUGACACAUUCCAGUCGUUCCACUUCUUCAAGAACGACGUAGUCGACUACUGCCUCCCCGCCGACAGCAACGAUGUGAACAAACGAGUGCUGCUUCAGCAGAUGAUGGCCCAUGUUGAGGCCUUCCCGAAGGAUAAUACACCUGAGGUCUUUGGAUUGCACCCGAAUGCGGAGACGGGUUACCUGCGAAAUGCUGUGGAUGGUAUGUGGGCUAGUCUUAUUGAAAUGAUGCCGCGAUCAGUGCGGGCAGCGACAGGGGGAGGGGAAUCUCGUGAGGAGGUUUUGUUGAAGUUGACGGAGGAGAUACUUGCACAGAUCCCAGAACCACUGGAUCGCAAGAGCAUAAUGAGGAGUGAAAAGGAGAAGGCAGCGGAGAGUGGUCACGAAAACCUUCAGCCGACGCAGGUCGUGCUUUUACAGGAGAUCGAACGGUGGAAUCGGUUGGUCGUGGUGAUUGUGUUGUCUCUUAAGGAGCUUCAGAAGGCACUGUCUGGUAUUAUUGGCAUGAGUAGUGAGCUUGAUGAGUUGGCGACGUCUUUACACAAUGGCCAUCUUCCGUCGUCGUGGCGACGGUAUGCACCCGCCACAAGGAAGAAGCUGGUUCGCUGGUUAGCUCAUUUCCAGAAGCGUUGUAAGCAGUAUGUCGAUUGGGCCACUCAUGGUGAACCGAAAUGUAUGUGGCUUACCGGCCUCAUGGUGCCUGAAUCGUAUAUAUCUGCGCUUGUGCAGGUGACAUGCCGGCGCUACAAGUGGCCUCUGGACCGUUCUUCGGUGGUGAUGUCAGUGACUCGCUAUCUUUCCCCUAAUGAUGUGAAGGAGAGACCGAAGGACGGUGCGUACGUGUGUGGGCUUUUCAUCGAAGGGGCUCGCUGGGACACUGAGAGGCACUGCCUCGCGCCACAGGUGAAGAAGGUUUUGACUGCUGAAAUGCCUGUCAUGCAGAUUAUUCCGAUGGAGGUGUCAAAGAUUAAGGCUGUAUCGGUGCUGAAAACACCAGUGUACGUCACCUCCGAGCGGCGUAACGCGGCUGGUGUUGGACUAGUGUUGGAGGCUGACUUGAAAACUGACACACACGCAUCUUUGUGGACAUUAGAGUCGGUCGCACUCAUUCUCGAUUCAGAUGAGUAG